AUGGAGGUCGAUGACGUGGUGCCGCGCGGCGGGGGUGGGGGCGGGGAGUCGCCGCACAUCCGGCGACUGGAGGAGUCAGUGGUGAACCGCAUUGCCGCGGGGAAGGUGAUCCAUCGGACCUCGUCGGUGGUGCAGGAUCUCAUCGAGAACACCAUCAACGCCGACUCCUCCAUCAUCUCCGUCACCAUCAAGGACGGCAGCCUCAAGCUCAUCCAGGUCUCCGACGAUGGCUACAUCAUCUGGGGCAAAAAUCCUUCAGAUGCAAGUUGUUAG